AAACCUUCUUUGUUCACGCCCAGCCCCUUCUUCCUGUGACGUCAUAGUACAAACCCAGCAAGCCUCUCUUCUCUUCAGAGAAAGCCCGCUCACAACACAGCUGGCAGCCGAGGAAAAGGCCUCCGAGUCGGCCGGAGUGAACACGCUUAGCAAUUUAUUUCGGAACCUCUGAAAGACUCCUCUGCUUACCCCUAUCUGGGAUCCACUGCAGGAAUAUCGAAAAGGAAAACUUCGUUUAAAAGGUGUAAGAAAUAAGUGAGGUUGAACUGGGAAUGUUUCAGUCUCAGAAACUUUGCACUGACAAGCAAAAUGUGAUUGUUAACUUCAGCUUAAACAUUUUGCAGCAUAAAGAAACUUUCAUUUUGGAAUAUUCAUCUUGACCACGGAAACAGAAGUUUACAGGAUGAGGAGUUUUACUCCAUGUCAGAACACAGUUUUUAUUUAAACUUUAUAAUCCAAUGGAUUGGUUUCAUUGUGUUUUUAAUACGAAGCCCUGGGAUCACAGAUCUUCUGGAGACUUGAAAAUGAAAAUUUUUUCUUGUUGAAGAAUCAACUGGAAACUUUAUAGCAACAAACUUCAUGUUUCUUUGGGAAGAAAAAGAAAUAUUUGUAAAUCCUUUCAAAGAUCUAAAGGGUUUGCAAAUACACUGGAGGUUACAAAGUGGCCACGAUCUGAAUAUCAAAGGAGACUGUUGCUGACCAAAGGAGUUGCUUCAACACUGUAAGCUGGACGUGCCUUUAUGAUGGUAAGCAACAACAGCUCCGACUGCAUAUACAAUGACUCCUUUAAGUACACCUUGUACGGGUGCAUGUUCAGCAUGGUGUUUGUGCUUGGGUUAAUAUCCAACUGUGUCGCCAUAUAUAUUUUCAUCUGUACUCUCAAAGUGCGGAAUGAAACAACAACAUACAUGAUUAACUUGGCGAUGUCAGACUUGCUUUUCGUUUUUACUUUACCCUUCCGGAUCUUUUACUUUGCAACAAGGAACUGGCCCUUUGGGGAUUUACUUUGUAAGAUUUCAGUGAUGUUCUUUUAUACCAAUAUGUAUGGAAGCAUUCUGUUCUUAACCUGUAUUAGUGCUGAUCGGUUUCUGGCCAUCGUCUACCCAUUUAAGUCGAAGACGCUGAGAACCAAACGAAAUGCAAAAAUUGUUUGCAUUGCUGUAUGGUUAACUGUGAUGGGAGGAAGUGCACCAGCAGUUUUUGUUCCUUCUCCGGGUAACACUUCAGCAACCUGCUUUGAAAAUUUUCCAGCAGCUACAUGGAAAACCUUUCUCUCAAGGAUUGUAAUUUUCAUAGAAAUAGUGGGGUUUUUUAUUCCUCUCAUUUUAAACGUAACUUGUUCUAGUAUGGUGCUGAGAACUUUAAAUAAACCUGUAACAUUAAGUAGAAGUAAAAUAAAUAAAACUAAGGUUUUAAGAAUGAUAUUUGUACAUUUGGUCAUAUUCUGUUUCUGUUUCGUGCCUUACAAUAUCAACCUUAUUUUAUAUUCUCUUAUGAGAACACAGGCAUUUGUCAAUUGCUCAGCAGCAAUAGCAGUAAGGACCAUGUACCCAAUCACUCUCUGCAUUGCUGUUUUAAACUGUUGCUUUGACCCUAUCAUUUACUACUUCACGUCGGACACGAUUCAGAAUUCAAUAAAAUUGAAAAACUGGUCUACCAGGAGAAGUGACUCCAGAUUCUCUGAAGUUCAAGGCACAGAGAACUUUAUUCAACAUAACCUACAGACAUUGAAAAAUAAGAUACCUGACAAUGAAUCUACAAUAUAAGCUGUCUGAAAUAAGAACACCAGGACUUUACUGGGACAGAACCUCCAAGGUCCUUCAACUGUGAAAAGUGUUUUCCUGGACAACAAUUUCUCCACCUCAGAAAGAAAAUAAACAUGUGGACAUUUGAAAGUUUUUAGUAUUAAAAAAGUAUUUGAUGUGUUAAGCAUUAAAAUGUAUUCUGUUCUUGUAUACACUCAGUUUUAUUCUUCUGAGCCACUUUGAUUUGUACCUUUCUCUUCAUUAUGAAAAAAAGUCUCUAGAAAAUUGUUCAAAAUAUAAAAGUAAUCAUGAUUUAA